AUGUCCCACUCAGCCCGCGAGCUCAUCAGCAGCAUCCGAGAAAGUCGACUACUUCCAGGCACGGAGACAAUUCGGAAGAUCUUACAAGGAGCAUUGAACCAUCUAACCGACGGCCUGUACACCAAGGACACCCACUUCAUCUUGGAGUUCGUGCAGAAUGCGGAUGACAAUACUUAUCCUCCUGGGGCCACCCCAUCUCUGCGUAUUCGCCUCGAGGAUGAUCGAAUUGUGAUAUCCUCGAAUGAGGUGGGGUUCAGCAACGAAGACGUUCGCGCCAUCUGUUCCGCGGACGAGAGUACGAAGGUUGGAAAGAAGGACGCAGAUUACAUCGGUGAGAAAGGAAUCGGUUUCAAAUCCGCCUUCAAGGUAGCGGAUGUCAUCCACAUCGCGUCGAGGACGUUCAAGUUUAAAUUCGACCGUCGAGAGCCACUCGGCAUGAUCGUGCCCAUCUGGGAUGACGAUGCGCCCGCUACAGACGGAGAGACGACGUUUGCGCUGGAUCUCAACGGCGACGCCGGCCCUUUAGCCGCAGAGCUAUCGAGUAUAGAACCUAGCUUGCUACUGUUCACGCGGCGACUUCGCUCCAUACGCAUCGAUAUCCGUACCACCUCCCCUUCCGCUUCGUUCUCUGCUACCUACACUUGCUCCAAAGAGGAAGUGCAUAGCGAUGCCUUUGCCAAGGUCCUCGUUUCACGCGAAGUCGUCAAGGACGGAAGUGCCCACUCGCUUACGACGACAUACCUCGUUAUGAAGCACUCCAUCUCUAUGCAAGACGUCCAUGAACCUAAGCGUAGCGGGGUCCGUUCCUCGGAGAUAGUGCUCGCGUUUCCGAUUCAGAAGGACGGCUCCCCAGAAGUCUCUCCUCAGAACGUUUUUGCAUAUCUUCCUCUUGGCUCUUUUGGUUUCAAGUUCAUCGUUCAAGCCGACUUCGUGACUUCAUCGAACCGUCAGGACAUCCUGGAGGACUCCGCUUGGAAUUGUCGUCUGCGAGACGAGAUCCCAACAGCAUUUUGUUCGGCGGUCGACCUCUUCCUACGAGACGCACAGUUACGCUUUACCUGGCCUCUCUAUCUGAACGGAGAGGUCUCCCAUCAGUUCUUCGGACUUGCGAUGGAUAAGUUGAUAUCUAAACUUGCGCAGAAGCCCAUCGUUAUGGACAGGGGGGAGAAAUGGCAAAUGGUUGAUUGCGUUCUCGCAUUGCCAUCUCGAUUCUGCAUCAAAGGGGAGCCCUUGGUGGAUCCGCGUCUCACGGACGGCCGUUCAUAUCUUCACGACCGCUCAUAUCUUCAUGGCCGCUACUCUGAGCUCGAUCGAGAUAUCGUUCAUGUACUGGAGCGCCGGUUUUCGUUGAAGAAAAUGCAGGACCGUCACUUUUUUGACGCUCUAUGGAAGAUGUCUUCAAAGCGGUCUUUCGGCAGGGAGCACUCAGAGUGGCAUCGUGUGGUUGCAUCCCGACUCUGCGAGAUCUAUGACCGGAGCAGCGAUCUAAGACGGGAUAUCGAACGCCUUUGGAUCAUCCCUCUUUCUGACCGCACGUGGACAGCUACCACGUGGCACAAGACUGGCAUAUACUUCCCCAACGGCAGUUCUCUUCCACGUCUACCGGCUCAUCUGAAUGUCUUGGUGGUGCAUGCAGACGCAGAUGCUAUCCCGGAGAGGCAUGCGUUCUUUCACAAGAUGGGUGUUCGUGAUAUCUGUCCACAAGACAUCGCUUCGCAGAUUCUGACUACCCAAGAUAACACCGGCGAAGCAGGCCGCAUCGAUAAUGCCCAUUUCUUCUUCUCCUACCGGCAUCUCGAGCCACCGCUGGACUAUUCCAGCCUUCUCUUUGCCCUUGAGAAUGGCGGGUCAUCGUUGGGGCAUCAUGCAUAUCUUGACGAUCCUGCAGAUGGAGAGCGCCUGCGUAAGGCCCUUCCGGAAGUACCGUUUGUUGCUCAGUCAUACGUGCGCCACCAAGAAGGCAUUCCUGAAACGCAACGCGAGCAGUGGCUGUCUUGGCUCAUCGAGGGUUGCGGGCUACGCACUAUACCCGAUCCUCACAAGGAUCUGCCAGACAUGGCACAACAUCUCCCACUCGAUGAGUUCCUAGAUCACUUGCAGUACUUCUGGCCUCGUCUACCUCAUGAGCGGUCGACAUGGCAGUCCAUGCUGGCAGACACAUCUGUGAAGUUGAUUGGUCGAAACGAGCUCCUACGCGAUACUUGUCUUCGACGAGGGAGACUGACUUCGCCCGACUACGAUGGUCUACUACCCUUCCUCCCUAUUGACCGGCCUCAAGACUCGUGCUGGGACUUCCUGCCACCAGCGCUCGGGGUAUCUACAAACCUAGACGCGAAACAGUGUCUGCAACUUCUCUCGCAUACGGCCUGCAUGAAUCCCGACCCCGUGACAUUCGAGCGUGUACAAGAGCUCUACACGCAACUCGAUGCCCGGUUCUCGGACGAUCCCGACUUCGAAGAGAUCAUCCGUGAACGUUUCGCCAGCCAGAAACUGCUUUUCAUACCAGGGGAUAAACAGUCAGGGCGGAAAGCACUGUGGCUGAACGCGCUGAACCCUAAAGACAAUGUGUUCUGGGACGGGCCAAGUUCCCUAGCCCACCAGUUCUAUCUUGAUAGGUUCUAUCCCCAGACUCUACGCGAUUUCUUCGACCGCGUAGUGAGCAUGGGCGGGGAGAGCACCGUCCGCCUGUACCGCCUCAAUCAGGUCUACGUUCCCGGCCGCUACUCGCACUUCACCGACGCUUUCCGCGCGUCCGUUCCGCUACUGGUCGUGUCAGGCUCAAUACGGACCAAAGCUAUGCUUCGCUUUUGGAACUCUCCGGCCUGUUCCGGCCUCGUGCGCAAACUCGACGAAGUCGUUGUCUCUCGGUGCGCGGUCUCAGACCCUGGGGUUCUCGACCCCUACUGGAUGGCGGGGAUAGAGCAGAAGUAUCCCUACAUCGAAAGGGAGGUCAUACGGGCGGUCACGCAUGAUGGACAAUACGGAUCACGCAAGCUAUCACCGGAGCAGACCACAUUCUUAUCCAGUCUGAAGGCAGUGGAAGUGCGGCGCGUAACUCGCAUUGACGCGACACUUACUUUGGAGAACAUCGAAGUGCGGACGAACGAAAGCGUCUGGAUAGACGAUACCGCGCUGCAGUCUAGCGGUCUUUCUUUGAAGGUGUAUAUGGUCCUCGACGGUGACGGCAAGCCCGGCGCAUCUGGCAUCGAGCGCUCGCUCCUCGAAGAUCGGCUGCAUGCGGAGAUCGCGCGCAGGCUCUCGAUUCCAAAACGCGAGAUAACGAGGGUCAUGGUGACUCCUGUUGAAAUUCUUGAGAGGCUUCUCGAAUGCGAGGAUGACAUCUUGCCAACGUUGGAGGACCUGCAGGGCUCCUCUGAGCGCACCGCCUACGCGUAUAAACGAACCGUUGACGCCGGCCACGCCGCAGCCCGCACCUCACAGAAGCACCUGUCUGGCAUCGCUCGCGCUCCACGCACACCUGGAAGUGCGGAUGUGGUGUCAGCGACCACGCAAAACGAGACUGAAGAAGAUACACUCGCCAAUCGCGUCAAGAACACGCUAUCGAGAAUCGACUUUACCUCGAUCGCUGCAGACAAGCUUGCUGCGCGCGUGUGCCAAUCACAUACAAUACAGAGCGCUAUAGUCUCUUCGUCUCCUAGUGAGGUCUCUCAUACAUCGUCGGCCGACCAUCCCACCCGCGCGUUGAUCGGCGGCCGGACGCCGUCGCCCGCUGAAGAGCUCGACGGCAUGCGUUCACAGAUGGCGAAUCUGUCCAUUGAAUCCCCAUCGUCCACCCUCAUCUUCCAACAACGAUCGUCUCCAACUCUAUAUCAGCAAGUCAAUGGCAUAUUGGGCGAGAGAAUCGUCUUCGAAUUGCUAUCAAGGCUACUUGGACGCUCUGCCGCCUUGGAAUGUUGGACGAGUGAGCUGCGUGGGAAGUGCAGCGAAGGCUUCCCGGAGUACUCGCCGACUGCUUCCACAUGGGGCGAUUUCACCAUCUCGGAUCCAGAGAUGUGUGCACGCUUCGGCGCAUACCUAUACAAAGCUCGUCCGGACCGGCUGGAGGCGUAUACAAAGUCUGAGAAGUGGCCCAGGUUCCAUCUCGAGGUCAAGUCGACGUCGGAGGGCCCGCAUGUGCCCUUCCAUCUAUCUAACAGACAAUUCGAGAUCGCGAAGGAAUUGCACAUGAGGAACCGCGAUGGCGACCACUCGACUACUCUUCCUUCCGACGUCUUCGUGCUUGUGCGAGUAUGGGACGUGCAGAGUCCGAAGCCAUCCUUGAACAACAUGGCGUUCUACGCCGAUCCUUUUCAGGGCCUGCUGGACGGUCAGCUACGCCUCGUGUCGGACAGCGUAGAAAUAUCGCUCGUAGACGUACCGGUAUGA